AUGCAACUAUCCACUCGUCAUGAAGCUUUCCGCUUCCGCCGACAGUAUACUGCAGACGCGACAGUGUUACUGGUAGGAUUCUUCGCAGCUGGCAAGAAGACACUGGGAAUUAUUGCCUCAGUAGCCUUGCGCCGAAGAUUCAUUGAAUUUGACUCGUUCUUUCAAAGAGAAAUCCACGCCUCGCCGCAGGAGUUCAUCGCGCGUCAUGGAUUGGCGCGAUACCGUGAAGUGGAGCUUGAAAUCUCGCAAAAUAUUUUGACGAAAUACGACAAAGGAUGUGUGAUUGUUGGUCUAGGCGGAUCCGCUAGUCCUUCAUUGCAGAAGCUCUUGAGUGAGUUUGCGCAGAGUCAUCCAGUCGUUUACGUACGAAGGGAUGAGGCAGAACUCCGACAUGCUAUCUCUGUGAGCCCGGAAAAGUUUGAACGCCUCUACGAAGUUGGAAAUGCGUUCUUCGAGUCAUGUUCCAAUUUUGACUUUUUUAAUCAUACUCAACACCGGACUGACCGGGCAUUACCGACUUAUUUGAAACUCAAGGAGACUGAACGCGUGUUUGUGACCUUUUUACGACGCAUAUUUGAAAAAUGUCAUCGUGAGAUGUUUUCUGUUGAUCCAUUUUCUACGUCACAUACAUAUGCGUUGCAGGUGCCAUUGGUCUGGCUAGAUGAUACAACCCAGGAUCUGGAGACGCUUGAGACUGGUGCCGAUGCUAUUACGGUGGUGAUCAGUCCUGAGGAUAUGGGAUCAACUCGAGUUCAAGAUCGGCUUUUACGGCAUAUUGCAACUCUGAGGAUGGGCUGCCGAGCUCCAGUCAUCAUUGAUGUGGCCGAUUCACAGGGUGUACCCCCUGAUGGAUAUCCCUGGCUAUUGGAAUUGAUUCUCCGCCUAGCCCCUGACGCCCUUAUGUGCUCUUUGGAACACGCGGAAGAUUUGAUGACGAAAUUGAACUUUUCCAAGGGCAGCACGAAGGUCAUUGGGACUGUCCACGAACCGCUGCCAGUUGGGUCUAUAGGUAGAUCUAUGGAUCCUGCGGCUCUUCUUCAGCAAGUCAAUCGAUUGAAAUUCGAUGCGCUACGUGUCACUGGCGAAUCUACUUCACCGAACGAUCAUCUUGAGACACUAUCAUUCAUACGCGACAUGCAAGCCAUUUCGGAUCUACCAAUUAUUGCAUACAACACGAGAUCACUAGGCCGUGCGUCUGUCUGCUUAAAUCCAACUCUUUCACCCGUCACAUUACCAAGCUCUACUGGCGUUACAUUAUCGGAGGCACAGCGAGCACUCUCCGCAUGCUUUCUUCUCCCGAGUAAGAGAUACCAUAUUUUUGGCCAAGGGGUCAAGCACACCUUAUCGCCAGCCAUGCAUAAUAUGUGUUAUUCGACAAGCGGCUUACCCCACACAUACCAUGUUUUCACCUCACAGAAGAUCACCGAAGUCGAACAACUCUUGGCCGACGAAUCGCAAGGUGGAAUUACCAUCUCACUCCCCUUCAAGUCAGCAAUCAUACCCUACCUAGAUGAGGUCAGCCCCGAUGCCCGGGAUAUGAAUGCGGUGAACACAGUAGUCCUGGAACACAAGCACCAAUCCAAUGGCGACAUCACCAUCAUCCGCAAGGGCUUCAAUACCGAUUACAUCGGGAUUAAAGAUUGUAUUUACAAAUUUCUAUCUCCAGCUAAUGCUGUACGAGACGGCACAUCAGCGCUGAUCAUCGGUGCUGGCGGCAUGGCCCACGCGGCAGUUUAUGCAUGUUAUGAACUCGGUGUGAAACAUAUGUGCAUCUACAAUCGCACACCUGAGAAUGGUCAGAAACUCGUUGAUUACUACCAUCAAUGGGCGCAGUCCCGAGGUACUAAUUUGCAUUUGGAUGUUCUUCGCUCUGCUGAGGAUCCUUGGCCGGAGGGUGUCCGUCUCCCCACGAUAGUCGUUGCGUGUAUCCCCCCGUAUAAGAUUGGAGGGGCGGAUGACGGGCCGGUUGUGUUCAAGAUUUCCGAAAAGUGGCUGGAAAGUCGAACUGGGGGUGUAUUUGUGGAGGUCGCAUAUGGUCCAUUCAGAACUCCAUUGAUGGGGCAGAUAAAUUCAAGGUCCUCGAAGGGAUGGGUAAUGGUUGAUGGGCUGAAAGUACUCCUCGAACAAGGUAUUGCGCAGUAUGAACUAUUUACGAAGCGACCAGCACCGGUGCAUGUAAUGCGACGUGCAAUUCAGGAACAGAGUAUAAAAUAUGGGUAUAUCCAUGAAUAG